AUGUCAGCCAACUGGUCCAUCAUCCUGCCCACGGCCUCCUAUGACAAUGUCAACUCCACCUCUCCCUCCAUCUCCACCUCCCUUUCCUCCUCCUCCUCCUCCUCCUCCUCCUCUUCCUUCAUCCCCCUCUCCUCCCCCUCCCCGUCCAUGUCCCCGUGGGUGGCCCCCACCUUCACGGUGGCGGCACGCUUCCGCGUGGCGGCCACGGCGGUGCUCUUCGUCUUCGCUGCCCUGAGCAACAUGGCGGUGCUGCUGAGCGUGACGCGGGGCCGGGGUCGCCGCCUGGCCUCGCACUUGCGGCCGCUCAUCGCCAGCCUGGCCUCCGCCGACCUGGUCAUGACCUUCGUGGUGAUGCCCCUGGACGCCGUGUGGAACGUGACGGUGCAGUGGUACGCGGGCGACGCCAUGUGCAAGCUGCUGUGCUUCCUCAAGCUGUUCGCCAUGCACUCGGCGGCGUUCAUCCUGGUGGUGGUGAGUCUGGACCGCCACCACGCCAUACUGCACCCGCUGGACGCACUGGACGCUGGGAGGCGCAACAAGAGGAUGCUGCUGGUUGCCUGGAUACUCAGCGUGCUGAUGGCAUCUCCACAGCUGUUCAUCUUCCGUGCGGUGAAGGCGGAGGGGGUGGACUUCGUGCAGUGCGUGACGCACGGCAGCUUCCAGCAGCGCUGGCAGGAGACGGCCUACAACAUGUUCCACUUUGUCACCCUCUACGUCUUCCCGCUGCUCGUCAUGAGCUUCUGCUACACGCGCAUCCUGGUGGAGAUCAACCGCCAGAUGCACAGGAACAAGGGCACCAAAGGUGAGCCAUGCCUGCGGCGUAGCGGCACGGACAUGAUCCCCAAGGCGCGCAUGAAGACCCUGAAGAUGACCAUCGUGAUCGUGGCCUCCUUCGUCAUCUGCUGGACCCCUUACUACCUGCUGGGCAUCUGGUACUGGUUCCAGCCGCGCAUGCUCCAGGUGACCCCAGAGUACGUCAACCACACGCUCUUCGUCUUCGGCAACCUCAACACCUGCUGCGACCCGGUCAUCUACGGUUUCUACACGCCCUCGUUCCGUGCCGACCUGCAGAGGUGCUGCCGAUGGAGGAGGCGGCGGCAGAUGAACGCCUCCCCCAAGUCGCUGGACCACCUGUCGGGGCGCCGCGGCUGCGGCGGCGGUGGGGGGCACAGUGGAGAGGCGGAGUCGGACCUGGGCAGCGGUGACAAUCCCAGCGGCAACAUGGCCUAA